AUAAAAUAAAGAAAAUAUAUUGGUUUAUAUAUGGCUGUAUUUUAAAGCUUCUGGAAAGUGAAUCCCAAACACAUGGAGGACCAAAGUUUGGAAGCCACUGGUUUAGAGAAGCCAAGUAGUUUCAGCACCCAGAGCAGCUUCUUGAAAAUUUGGGCUAAAACCUGGAGUGCAUUCACUGGAUAGGCGACACUUUCACAUUGUUCAUCUCUUCCAAACAACUUUUUACAAUUUUUCAGGUUUCUUUGGGAAAAGUAGCUAGAGUCCAAACUGUGAGCUUAUUGAAGGUAUUGAUCUUCCACUUGUAAGAAAGGUCUGUACAGAGAUGUAUAGCGCAGAGUGUAACAUAUAUCAUGUGCUUAUUUAUUGCUGUAUGUUAAAGCGUUUGCAAAUUGAAACACUUGAAGGACCAAAGUUUGGAAAGCAUUACUUCAGAGAAGUCAAGGAGCUUCAGCACCUAGGGCACAGUCUUUAAAAUUUGGGCUAAAUCCUGGAGCCGAUUCCUUGGAUAGGUGACACUUUCAUUUUUAUUUGUCUCUUCCAAGCAACUUUAAAAAAUCAGAGCCUCAGGUUUCUUUAGGGAAAGUAGCUGGAGACCAAACUCUUCAUCUUCUUGAUGAGCUUAAUGAGAAUCUUGAGAUGCAUAGUGUAUAGUGCAGAGUAGAGUGUUUCAGAAAUCAAUGGGGACUAUAAAUAUUCAUCCUUAUAUGACAUAUAUUAUUGUUAAAUAAAUUGCUGUUGCCUAUUGUCAUGCUAUGUAAAUUUAUUUAUAUGGUGAUUUACAGUCAAAAUUAGAAACACAAUGGGUACUACCAAAGGUGUACAGUAGAGUCUCACUUAUCCAAAAUAAACAGGCCAGCAGAAUGUUGGAUAAGAGAAAAUGUUGUAUAAUAAGGAGGGAUAAAGGAAAGGUCUAUUAAACAUCAAAUGACAUUAUGAUUUUACAAAGGUCAACAUUGACAUUGAAAUACAACACCGCCUGAGCUCUGUGAGUGCAGCAUUUUUCAGAAUGAAGCAGAGAGUGUUUGAAGACCGGGACAUCCGUAGAGAUACCAAGGUGCUUGUUUACAAAGCCAUUGUCCUCCCAACCCUGCUCUACGCCUGCGAAACGUGGACUGUCUACAGGCGUCACACCAAACUCCUGGAGCGUUUCCAUCAGCGUUGCCUCAGGAAAAUCCUGCAGAUCUCUUGGGAAGACAGGCGGACAAAUGUCAGUGUGCUGGAAGAAGCAAAGACCACCAGCAUUGAAGCGAUGCUCCUACGCCAUCAACUCCGCUGGACUGGCCACGUUGUCCGAAUGCCCGAUCACCGUCUCCCAAAGCAGCUCCUCUACUCCGAACUCAAGAAUGGGAAACGGAAUGUUGGUGGGCAGGAAAAGAGAUUUAAAGAUGGUCUUAAAGCCAACCUUAAAAUCUGUGGCAUAGACAAUAAGAACUGGGAAGCCCUGGCCCUUGAGCGCUCUAAUUGGAGGUCAGCUGUGACCAGCAGUGCUGAGGAGUUUGAAGAGGCAUGAAUGGAGGGCUUAAGGGAGAAACGUGCCAAGAGGAAGGCCCAUCAAGCCAACCCUGACUGGGACUGCUUUCCACCUGGAAACUGAUGUCCUCACUGCGGGAGAACAUGCAGAUCAAGAAUAGGUCUCUUCAACCACUUACGAACACCCCCCCCCCCAAGACAAUAGAGACGGAAGUCCAUCAUCCUCGGCCUACAAGGGAUCACCUAAGUAAGUAGUAAGUAAGUACUAUUUUUAUUUCAUCAUAGAAUGUUUCGGCUUUAUGGAUCUGUUUCGAUUUAAUUUGUUACAUGUAGAUUUUGAGUCCCUAUUUUGGGGAAAUGGUCUGAUCCUUCAUAGUGGAGAGGUGGCUGCUAAGGUAGCGGAAACUGUCAACAUUUUCUAAUGUUACACCAUUAAGCUGUAUUCCUGGCAUUGCAGAGGGAUUAGCUGGUGCCUGUUGGAAGAGCACUUUGGUUUUCUCGAUGUUCAGUGAGAGGCCGAGCUUCUCGUAUGCUUCUGCAAAGGUGUUUAGAGUGGCUUGUAGGUCUUCUUCUGAAUGCGCACAGAUUACAUUGUCAUCGGCAUAUUGGAGUUCUAUAAUAAAUGUUCACAAAUUUGUCAGGGCACCCGAUUUUUUGGAGGAUGGUCCAGAGAGCAUUGCGAUUCACUGUGUCAAAUCCUGAAGGGCUUGGAUGUUCAUUUUAUGCCUUAUUUUUCUUUCUUGGAGUCUGCAUUUGGGGGCGAUCUUAAUAGCCAUCGUGGAUCGGAUUAACCUGUGGUCCGUCCAGCAGUCAUCGGAAGCUGUCAUGGCUCUUGUGAGAAGCACGUCGCGGCGGUCUCUGGCACGUGUAAUUACAUAGUCCAAGAGGUGUCAAUGCUUGACCGGGGGUGCUUCCAUGAUGUCUUGAGCUUGUUUUUCUUGCGGAAGACCAUGUUGGUGAUGACAAGGUUGUGCUCUCCACAUUUGGUGAGAAGCAAGAGCUGUUUCCGAUCCCGUCUUUUCCUAUGUUCCCUGGCCCAGAUCAGAGUCCCGUCUGACUCUGGCAUUAAAGUCCCCCAGGAGGAUGAUUUUUUCCUCCUUAGGUAUCUCCGAUAGGAUGGUGUCCAGCUGACAAUAAAAUUUUUCCUUGAUGUCUUCGUCAGCAUCUAGAGUUGGUGCAUAGGCGCAUAUGAUGGUUGCCUGUUGGUUUUUGGCAAGGUUAAUUCGGAGGGUUGAAAGUUGUUCGUUGAUGCCAGUGGGUGCUUCAGUCAGGUGCUUCACCAGGUCAUUUCUGAUAGCAAAGCCAACUCCUUGUAUUAUUCGCUCUUCUUCAGGCAGUCCCUUCCAGAAGAAGGUGUAGCCUCCCUUUUCUUCCUUCAGCUGUCCCUCUCCUGCUCUCCGGGUCUCCUGAAGGGCUGCUAUGUCAAUCUUAAAGCGUCCCAGCUCCCUUGCAAUGAUAGCAGUCCUGCGUUCGGGGCGUUCGCUGUCAGUGUUAUCCAACAGUGUCCGUACGUUCCAUGUUCCAAAGUUCAUUUCUCUUUUUUGGCCGCAGAGUGGUGACCCCACUGGACACAACAGUCCACUCAGGGAUAAGAGAGGCAGACUAUGUUUAGGGCACCUUUUCUUGCCCUUUCUCCAUGUGGGGUGAGCAGAGCGGAUCCUAAAAAGGGCUGCUCAGUCAUGGAUACAGCUGCCGGACUACUCAACUGCCUUGGUCUUUGAGGUAGAACGACUGAGUCCAUAUCCACUGCCCAUGUGCCAGUCUGUGACUAGGGGCUUCCAGAUUUCACAGUCCUGCCCCCGUCGCCACUCGCUGAUCGCCAUGGGACUUUUGUAGGUUUGUUUUUAUUUUUCUUGGAAGACGCCUGUGUGUGAUUUUUUUUAAAUGUGUAGAGGUCGGUGCACGGCUGGUCAACACACAGUCUUCACAGAGUGAGGUCCCAGCAGUGGUGUGGUUAACACAACGAAGAGUGGCUUCUCAGUCUGUUGCAGCCUUCUUCCGCCUUCACAGCCGUUGUAACAUGUACCAUGUUAUCCUCCGCCUGCUCCGCCAUUGAGGUCCUUGGGUCUUCGGAUUGUGCUUAGUCUGGAACCUCCCCUGCGGCCACUCCUGGGAGUGCAUCACUCCAGUGGUUGUGCCCACAGGUUCAUCGGAACAACGCAAGCCAAAUUCCAGUGAAGUUUCUAGCUCUGCAGAAUUAUGACUCUACUCUUUGUAGGAUUAAGGCCCUGUUGGAGUUCUAGUCUAAAGGGCAGAAAGAGAUACAGAGCAAAAGGCAAUUACAAUAUCAUGUGAAAAGGAAUUUGCAUAAUCUUGAACUGCAUAUAACUGUUACACAACCACAGCAAAAGCUAAGGUGACAAUUGCUUAAGUAAGCUAUGUAAGAUGACAACAACAACAUUUUCUCCUCCCUCUGGUCCUCCUCCUCCUUCUACACCCCACCCCUUGUCUCAUGGUGGCUUACAAAUUGCUUUUAAAUAGUGAUACAAUUUAAAUAAGCUAAAGCAUACUAAAUAAUAUAAUGUGCUAAAACAAGUUUAUUAUUUCAAAACUUACACACACACAUAUAAAAUUCUUUGGGUUGAAUUAAUGAGGCCUAAUGCUUUGGUGAUUUGUUUGAUACCACGGGAUUCAAGCCAACUAUGUACAGGUUUAUCCAAGUUCAUAGUUUAACAGCAUUCUGAAAAAUACUGAAACAAGGCUUGAUUUUACAUCAAACAUUUAUUUAAUUAUUUAUUUACAACAUUUAUACCCCGCCCUUCUCACCCGAGGGGACUCAGUGCGGCUUACAAAAAUUGGCAAAAUUUAAUGCCCAAAAUGCAAUCAUAAAAACAAAACAAUAUAAACAGAUCUAUUAAUAACAUUAUUAAAACACAUUAUAAAAACCUUAAAAACGUAUAUAUAAGCAAUUCAAUUCGUUUUUAUUGUGGCAGUGAAGGGACACAAGGGGCCUGAUUUAAUUUGAUUCAAUCUGAUUCAUAAAUUGCAAUGGUAUUAAAAAUAGUUUGAUUAAAUAAAUAGUCUUCUUAAGAGUUAGAAGAGGUCAGUAAGAAAUGUUUGCCAUGGACACCACCAAAUGGCCAGCAAUGAACAAGCCCAUCAAUCAAAGGUCUGGGAAUGUCAAGCCCAGGAACUCACACAGGCAGGCAGGGCAAUAAAACCUUAGAAACAACCAUCCAAGAUGUGAGGGUCAGAGAUGGUGUUUUCUUUCGGUUUGAUUUUGAUAGAUGGACAUUUGUUGUUUGUUGUUUUGAUAAAUGUCAGGAUGAAACAAGAUGAAAGAAGGAGGGGGCAUGAGAACAAGGAUGUUUGUGAAAUGAAUUGUACCUGCAAGAAUAUUAUAAAUACCCUAUGUGAAAUCUCAGUCGGGAUGCCACUCCUUUUCAUGAUGGCCACUCACAGCUCUAUUUGCAAAUAAAUCUGUGCAUUUCUAUCUCCUCUGCAUCUUAGUUCCUUUCUCAGAGUUCUUUCCUGAGAACAUCAGCUUAGUAUCUUCCCUGUAUCUUCAGCAUCAUAGGCAGAUAUAUGUAACUUUUAUGCACUCUCCUUACCCUUCUUUUAUUGUUAGGUCUGUUGCCACAGUGAGACAACAGAUUCCUUGGACAGUCUUCUGCUUUUCAUGUACAUUCUGGUACUUAAAAGAGCGGACCUGAAGAUUCCCAGAGAUGUACGAGGGUUGAAUGAAAAGUAAUGCCUCCACCUUCGUUACUUGGGUUUGGAUGGGAAUAUUUUAAUAAAUCAAACGCAGAAAUAAUCCUUAGAAUGUGCUCUUUAACUAUCACUAUUCACUUUUCUACAUAGUCACCAGACAAUUGGAUACAUUUCUACCAACGAUGAACAAGUUUUCUGAAGCCGCCACAGAAGAAGUCGACACUCUGUUUCCGCAACCAGCGUCUCACAGUUCUCUCAACGUCUUCAUCAGAAGCAUGCUGCAGGAAAACAUUUCCCUUUUCCUUUCAGACCCUUGUUAGCCAUCGUUUCAAAGUUCGUAGCAUUGUGAUGUAACGCUCUGAAUUUAUUGUUGUUCCAUAUUCAAGGAAAUCAACAUAGAUAACACCAUCUGCAUCCCAGAACACUGUUGCCAUGAUUUUUCCAGCUGAGGGCUGUGUCUUGAAUUUCUUUCUCUGGGGCUAGUCUUUGUGUUGAUAUUCCAUAGACUGAUGCUUCUUCUCCGGGUCAUAAUGGUGUACCCACAUUUCGUCUCCUGUCACAAUUGAAUGGAGAAAGGCGUCACCUUCAUUCUCAUAAUGUGAGAGGAGUUCCUGGCAAAUUUCAAGUCUGUGUGGUGUCAUUUCAGGCGUCAGCAUCCUGAGUACCCACCAAGCACAGAUCUUCCGAUAGCCAAGCAAAGCAAUAAUGUGACCCACACGUUCUUGUGAAAUGCCAAUUAUGCUUGAAAUUUCUCUCGGAGUGAUACGACGAUAAUCCUGAAUAAACCUUUUGCUUGCGAAACUUGGUGGUUGCUGUCACAGGAUGUCCAACUCUUUGUUUGCCACGCAAGUCAGAUGUUCCCAUCUCAAAUCUUUAAACUUACUUGCUUGCAUUCUCUGAUGAACCUCCUUUGGGGUGACACCUUCUGCUGUCAAGAAUUCAAUGACUGCACGUUGCUUAUGUCACAUUGACUGACCAUCUGCGCAGGGUUCCAUACUUCGCACUUUAACAACACAAAUGUUCAAUACUAAGGCUUCCCGCCAAAUGGAACUUUAGUGGAGAGUCUAUAACCUUAGCCAAUGUGGAAGGCUGACUGUACUUUGCUACAAAACCGAUCCCAUGCUAGCCACAAAAUGACGCUGAAGUAUUUGACUUUCUUUCACCUAAUUUGAAAGGCUGUUUUGUUGCUUGUUGUUGUUUUCAAAUAUCUGAAAUAUAUUCAAUGUGAGCAGGAAAGAGAGGGAGAAGUGGAACCAACACUGAGGAAGGCAAAAAGAAAUUGGCGGAAGGGCAUCUAACCUCUUUCUUUCAACCUCUCCCAUCGCAGAAAGAGAAGUCUGGAGAAUAGAGGGAGUGUGAGUAUAUUUGAUUGUUCUGAUCCUGUACUUUCGGAGAUGGAAACGGCACCCCCCCCCCCCGGGCCUUUUUCACCUCCUUUUAUUAGAAGCCUAUGGCGAAUUGUGUUUGGAUAUUGUGAUGAUACUUUGUGAAAGGUACUUCUUUCUCAAGAAUUAGCCAGUAGCAUAUUAACCCAAGUAAUCACUUUAGCAAAGACAACGGCACCUUAUUAUCUCUUUGUGACAUCUGUGUGCAAAACAGAUCCCAUUCUAGCGCCAAAAGUAGGUUGAAUUCCUUGACUUCUUUUCUCAUAAUUAGUUUAUGCAAUACCUGAUGCAAAAGAAAUAAACAUGUUGAAAACUGCUAUGUGUUCCUAUGGCAGAUGCCAGAGGGCAAAUUGUUAAGACGAUUUGGAUGUGGCAUUAAACAUGAACCACUUAUUGUUUUUAAUGUUUGAGGUGUGAGUUGAAAAGAGAGGGAGGAGUGGGGCCAGCACUGACAAAAGCAAAAGGACGUUGGAGAAAGAGCAUCUAACCUUCUUCUUUCAGCUUCACCCAUCGCAGGUUGAAAAGAGUCAAAGAGAAAGAGAAGUCUAGAGAAUGGAGGGAGUGUGGGUAUAUUUGACUCCUCUCCUGGUGAUCCUUCUGAUCCUGUACUUUUGGAGACAACAACGAUCACUCCGAACUUUCCCCCCUGGGCCUCUUCCACUUCCUUUCAUUGGAAGCCUAUGGAGAACUGGGUUUGGAUAUCGUGAAGAUACUCUGAUAAAGCUGGCAAAACAAUACGGAAACAUUUAUACCCUAUGGAUGGCAAAUUUACCUGUAGUGGUAUUGUCUGGAUUCCAUGCCGUCAAAGAAGGACUGGUCAACCACUUGGAAGAAUUAUCCGACAGGCCACUGACUCCUUUCUUUAGAGUAAUAGGACGAGAAAUGGGUGUUGCACUUUCAAAUGGUCACACAUGGAAGCAGCAGAGACGGUUUGGGCUACAUUCGCUGCGGAAACUGGGAUUGGGGAAAAAAAACAUGGAAAGCCAAAUAGAAGCAGAAGCCCAGCAGCUUGUAGAGAUAUUUGCACGUGAAAAAGGGCAACCAUUUGAUCCUUCAAUGGCCAUCACAAAUUCCAUCUCCAAUAUGAUAUGUGCUGUGACAUUUGGACAACGGUUUUCUCUUGAAGAUGAAAACUUCAAGAAAUUAAUUGAAGCCCUUGAUCUUGGUGUAAUGGCCAUAGGAAGCUUUUCUCAUGCACUUUAUGAAGUAAUGCCAUGGCUUAUGAAAAAACUUCCUGGACUUCACAGGAAGGCAUUUUAUGCCUCAAAUAUGAUCUUUUCAUUAGCAAAGACGAAAAUAGAGAAACACAAGGAGGACAACUCCUGCCAUGACCCACAGGACUUCAUUGAUUUCUAUCUACUUCAAAUGGAGAAAAGCAAGAACGAUCCUGACUCUACGUAUGAUGAAGAAAACCUGGCUCAGUAUAUUCAAGACUUAUUUAUUACUGGAACAGAAACGACUGCCACUGCCUUGAAAUGGGCAAUCCUCCUUUUGACAAAUUAUCCAGAUAUACAGGAUAAAGUCUACAAGGAGAUAGAAGAUGUAUUGGUUUCCUCUUCCAUCUGCUAUCAAGACCUAAAGAAACUUCCUUAUACGAAUGCUGUGUUUCAUGAGAUCCAGCGUUCAAAGUAUAUCUUGUUAGUUGGGUUCCCAAGACAAUCAACCAAAGACAUGAACCUGAGAGGCUUUCACAUUCCCAAGGGGACCAUUGUUAUACCAGAUGUACGCUCCGUUCUUUUUGAUCCUGAACAAUGGGAGACUCCUGAAGAGUUCAAUCCGAAUCAUUUCUUGGACAAGGAGGGGAAUUUUGUGGCUAGAGAAGAAUUUCUGCCAUUUGGUGCAGGUGCCCGGGUGUGUUUGGGAGAGCAACUGGCGAGAAUGGAGUACUUCCUCUUCUUGACCAACCUGCUGAGGGCUUUCCGCUUCCAGCUGCCAAAAGGAGUCAAAGAACUUAACCCAAACCCUAUAAUAGGAAUAACAACACCACCCCACCCAUAUAAAGUGUGUGCUGUUCCUCGCCAUAGCCCCUGAUAAAAUAAACAAACAAAAUAAAUUU